AACAACAAAAAGUGAUUGAGAAAACCAUAAGAGGAAAGUUUCUACUAUUUCAUAUCCAUAAUAGCUAAGUGAGUAAACCGAUUAAUUCCUUUUUUGAAGAAGAAAAAUGGCUUCCCACGACCAAAGCUACAAAGCUGGUGAGACCAUGGGCCGAACUGAGGAAAAGUCCAAUCAGAUGAUGGGCAAUAUAGGUGAGAAGACCCAAGCUGCAAAGGAUAAGGUCCAACAAACAGCCCAAGCAGCUGCUGAAAAGACUGGGCAGACAGCCCAAGCUGCAAAAGAGAAAACCCAACAAACAGCCCAAGCAGCAAAGGAAAAGACUGGGCAGACAGCCCAAGCAACAAGGGAAAAAGCCCAAGACACAACUGAUCAAGCUAGAGACAAAGGGUCAGAGUGGGGCCAGUCAACCAAAGAAACAGCCCAAUCAGGAAAAGACAACUCAGCUGGGUUCCUUCAGCAAACUGGAGAAAAGGUUAAGGGUAUGGCUCAAGGUGCUACUGAAGCUGUUAAGAACACUUUAGGAAUGGGGCAGGAAGAUGAAGACAAGACCAAUUUCCCAACAAACCGUCGUUGAAAUGAAUUAUAUUAAAAAUAAUAAUAAUGUUGUAAUUUGUUUGUUUUGAAUUUGGUUUUUUACCAAACGCACUUUUUUUUUAGAAUAAGUUGCGCUUCCCUCAUAUCAUAUGUAGAAGUGUGAGGGGAAUGUAUUAUUAUAUAUGUAAUUUGAAUCUUGUUGUUGUAAUGAUAAUUUUCUUUGUCGUAGCA